UGCGCAUUGACAAGCAUGUCCUCGAGCUGUGCUGUGACAGGGUAUGUUUUGCUAGCCUAAAAUACCUAUAGCAGCAGAGUAGAUAGUAUCACUGUAUCUGUAUUCAUUUAAACUGUAGCACUUUAAUACUACUUGAGUGUUGUGUCGACAUAGAACAGUCGUUUUCCUAAUGACAUCCUCAGUAGUUCUGCAGCAUAGGUUGUGCUUUUAUCAACACAUAUUACGGACUUGCUAUACCCCCAAAGACUGUCAAACCUUCAGUAAUGCACGAAGGAAAACCCACAACUGGUGUGUCACUCAAGAAAGAAGGAAAAUCUGCUCAAAUUUGCAUCACUGGAGAGGCUUCAAUGCCUGCCAGUUCAGAAGACUAUUUGGAAGAAGUGGUGGGAACUCAAGCAAUCAGCCACCUCUGUCUCUGGAGGACAUAGCAAAGGGCAUCAGGGAUCGGGAAUACAAGCGGAUAGUGGUGAUGGCUGGAGCAGGCAUCAGUACACCCAGCGGCAUUCCAGAUUUCAGAUCUCCUGGCAGUGGUCUUUAUGACAACCUUCAGCAGUACAACCUUCCAUACGCAGAGGCCAUUUUUGAAAUCAACUACUUUCACCACAACCCCAAACCCUUCUUUGCUCUCGCCAAAGAGUUGUACCCAGGAAAUUACCAGCCAAACCUAAGUCACUAUUUCAUUCGUCUCCUUCAUGACAAGGGUCUGUUGUUGAGGAUGUACACCCAGAACAUUGAUGGAUUAGAGCGAAUUGCAGGUAUUCCGGCCAAGAUGCUUGUUGAAGCACAUGGGACUUUUGCAACUGCCACCUGCACUGUAUGCAGAAGAGAAUAUAAAGGAGAAGACCUGCAUGAUGAUGUAAUGAAGGGAGCCAUCCCAAAGUGCCCCACCUGUACUGGAGUCAUCAAGCCAGAUAUAGUGUUCUUUGGGGAGGAGCUCCCGCAGCACUUCUUUAUGUACCUCAAAGACUUUCCCAUGGCAGACCUCCUCAUCAUCAUGGGCACCUCUUUAGAGGUGGAGCCAUUUGCCAGUCUGGCUGGUGCGGUGCGCGGCUCAGUACCACGGAUGCUGAUCAACAGAGACCUGGUUGGUCCCUUUGCCUGGGGAUCCCCCCGGCACAAUGAUGUUGCUCAACUCGGAGAUGUGAUCAGCGGAGUCUCAAAGCUGGCUGAUGCUGUGGGCUGGUCAAAUGAGCUGAAAAAGCUUGUUUCUGCUGAGACUGAAAAGAAAAAUGAAGAGUGAGUUGACUACAUCCAUCUUCUCUGGACCUUGGGGCACGUAUCUGGUCUAUGAAUGGCACUUAUCUGCCAACCAACCAGUGGGUAACUGCCCAUCUCAGGGUCACUUGGUCAUGUGUACUGUACUGUAAUCUGUGUAUUGCACAAGGACUCCUGAAGGUGUUCAUCCAUAUUGUGGGGAAGAAGCCUAUUACGCUUGAAGACAAUGUGAAGGCCCUCUUUGGCUGUAAUUAUCAACUUGAUCAAAUUCUUUAUUGUGGCAUAGGGGGUAUCUUUUGAGUGUACUGUUCCAUGCAGACAUUGAGUAAUACUAAUGUAUAGUUGCUAAGUAUAAAACGUUUUGGUAGAAAUAAUGGAUGUAAACUAGAAUGAAUAGAGAACACUGCUGUUUCAACCACUCCUGAAUAUACAUUUUAUGCUGUUUUAUAGCCAUUUGUUUAUUUUAAGUAUGCAGUGUAUCACACAUUAACGGCACUAUGGUGUGUUAAAGAUUUUUAAUUUUCUCAUAAAAGGGUUUUGAGAAACUCAAAUAAAAAUAAAUAUUUUAACUUUA